AAGUAUGUCGCAUCGUAAAUUCGAAGCGCCCCGCCACGGGUCUAAGGGGUUUCUUCCCAAGAAAAGGUCAAAAACCUUCCGUGGGCGUGUCAAGGCGUUCCCUAAGGAUGACCCCAGCAAGCCUGUUCACAUGACCUGUUUCAUGGGAUACAAGGCGGGAAUGACCCACAUUGUCCGUGAUGUGGAUCGUCCAGGUUCCAAGGUUAACAAAAAGGAGGUUGUGGAGGCAUGUACCAUUAUUGAGACACCCCCUGUCAUUGCUAUCGGAGUUGUCGGAUAUAUUGAGACACCCCGUGGACUCAGAGCUCUGAAAACUGUGUGGGCCGAGCAUAUUGGAGAGGAGGCCAAGAGAAGGUUCUAUAAGAACUGGUCUGCGUCUAAGAAGAAGGCCUUUACGAAGUCCUGCACCAAGUGGGCUGAUGACCUGGGCAAGGCCCAGAUUGAGAAGGACUUGAAGCAGAUGAAGAGAUACUGCACCGUUAUCCGUGUCAUUGUUCACACACAGAUGAAGAUCCUUCGUCGUAGGCAGAAAAAGGCUCAUAUCAUGGAGGUUCAACUUAAUGGUGGAAGCGUCGAAGAUAAGGUGAACUGGGCCCGUGAACACUUUGAGAAGGAAGUCCCUGUCGGUCAAGUGUUUGCCCAAGACGAGGUCAUUGACAUCAUUGGUGUCACUAAGGGUCACGGAUUCAAAGGUGUAACCAGCAGAUGGCACACCAAGAAAUUGCCCCGUAAAACCCACAAGGGUUUGAGAAAGGUUGCUUGUGUUGGAGCCUGGCAUCCCAGCAGAAUCCAGUCAACUGUUCCUAGGGCUGGACAGAAGGGAUUCUUCCACCGAACUGAGAUUAACAAGAAGAUCUACAGACUGGGAGAAGGAUACAAGAUGGUGGAUGGCAAGCUUGUCAAGAACAGCGGAGCUACUGAUUAUGACCUUGCUGAUAAAUCUAUCAACCCUAUGGGUGGAUUCCCUCACUACGGAGAGGUCAAGCAGGACUUCCUUCUCAUCAAGGGUGCCUGCAUUGGUCACAAGAAGAGGCUCCUCACUCUCAGGAAGUCCCUGUUGACCCACACCAAGAAGAGAUAUCUGGAGAAGAUCAAUCUCAAGUUCAUCGAUACCAGCUCUAAGUUCGGACAUGGUCGCUUCCAGACUCCACAGGACAAGGCGGCCUUCAUGGGUCCUCUCAAGAAGGACAGGAAGGAGUAGAUCAUGUCCUGGAUCCCCCAAAUCUUCCGGGUCUCUCCGCAGUUUUCUGUUAAAAUAUGAAAACCAGCAACUUAACUUCACUUUACUCUUGUAACCUUGAAACUUGUUGCAGA